AUGCCAGUAUACGAGCAAUCGUUCUAUCUUUCCAUCAUAUUCUCCAUUCCCGCCCAGACAACUGCCAUCCUGCCACAUCUUUUGCCAGCGAGAGCGCCCUUGCUCAAACUUGGCGAUGACAGACCAUCGUUGAGCGCAAAACCUUGGAUAGUCAUAUUGGGCCUUCUUCACACAUUGAUCGCCCACCAUCCCUCACAAACAGCCUACUUCGACUUAAUUCGUGCCACUGCUCGCGCACCUACGCCACAUUCUAAAGCAUCGACGUCAAGUUCACACCCUGGUGUCGACUGGGUCAUUCGCAUUGCACAAGCCCUUCGGAGGCAUAUGUUAAUUCAGUUGAACCUUCUCACUCGCCCGGAAGCAGUCGACGCCAUUAUCAUCAGUAUGUUCCCCAGCGACACCCAGGCUAACCUCGAUCGCGAAACAGUAACAAUGUCACUGUAUACACUGGUGAGGGGGAUUAGGUCAAAAGCCAAAAACGACGCAUGGAAGGUACUUAGAAGUGCGUAUCCUCAGUUCGAUCUUGGACCGAACGCACCACACUCGGAAGGAAAGACUAGCGGCGGGAGCGAAGGGGGUGGCAAGGUUGAUGAUACACGACGGUGGCUCGUCCGUGUACUAUCGCUCGAUAGUGAGAAGUCCAACACAGAAGGGAAAGCAUCAGGGAAUGACACAGAGUUGACAGUCGAACGAUGGUUCACGGAGAGAGAGAAGAGCGGAGAGGUUCAAAGGGCUGGUCCCAAUGCAUCGGGGACGACCGUGGAGGGUCGGUGGGUCGUGAAGGUCAAACGAUAA